CCUCUGGUGACCCGAGUGUGAGGAGAAAGCGGGCGUAGAGAUGGGACUGGAUGACUUUCCGUUCCGUGAAAUGGGCUUAGCCCACGAGGCAAAGAAGAGGAAGCGGCACAAGCGCCUGCAUUCGGCGCGGCCCUUUGCUGUCUCUCCGUCUUUGGGAGUUGCUUAGGGAGACGCAAACGUUGCCCGUGAGGCCAAACGCCGAGGUUUCCCGCCGCUUCCUGACAGGAAUUGGGCCGCCGUGUGUCAGGCUGAGGGGAAGCGAGGCGGAGCCUCUUUGAAUCCCCGCGCGGGAAAAUGGCGGCGGCGGCGGCGGCGGCGCUGGCUUAGCAGAAGCCGGUGCGGGGCGGGAAGAUGGCGGCGCCCUCGUCUUCCCCUUCGCCCCGCCGAGGGGCUCUGAGCGGCGUCGUGCUGAGCCCCCCGCCCGGCCUGGGCUGCCCCAGCCUCGGCCCUCCAGGUAAAGCUUGGAAGUGGCUCCUGGGCGCCGGCUUGGCGAGUCAGCUGCUCUUCUUUGAGGGGGGCGAUAGUUCACCCGGAGCGUGGCCAGGGUUUUUGGGGGGAUAGGCCUUUUGUUAGGGGGAGCAGAACCUCCGUUUCCUAUGUAUUUUUAUUUAUUUAGGGGGGCAGCUACCCUCGCUGCCCCUUCCCCUUGGAUUCAACCAUUGCAAUGGGGUUUCUUUCCUAACCCCACACCUUAAAGAAACACAGAGCGGUUCCCCAACCCAUAGUCUUAUUGAGCUGUGGCAGUUGGGAAGGGGACCCCAAAGGGUCAUCUAGCCCAACCCGCUGUGGUGCAGGAAUGGUGACUAAAGAGCCCCUGGCAAGGUGGCCGUCCAAGCUCUGUUUUGUUGUUGUUGAGUCGUUUAGUGGCGUCCUCCUCUUUGUGACCCCCUGGACCAGAGCAUGCCAGGCACUCCUGUCUUCCACUGCCUCCCACAGUUUGGUCAAACUCAUGUUCAUAGCUUCGGGAACACUGUCCCAUCAUCUCACCCUCCGUCAUCCCCUUCUCCUUGCGCCCUCCAUCUUUCCCAACAUCAGGGUCUUUUCCAGGGAGUCUUCUCUUCUCAUGAGGUGGCCAAAGCCUUGGAGCCUCAGCUUCAGGAUCUGUCCUUCCAGUGAGCACUCAGGGCUGAUUUCCUUCAGAAUGGAUCGGUUUGAUCUCCUUGCAGUCCAUGGGACUCUCAAGAGUCUCCUCCAGCACCAGAAUUCAAAAGCAUCCAUUCUUCGGCGAUCAGCCUUCUUGAUGGUCCAGCUCUCACUUCCAUACAUCACUCCUGGGAAAACCAGGUGAUGUCUCUGCUUUUUAAGAUGCUGUCUAGGUUUGCCAUUGCCUUUCUCCCAAGAAGCCGUCGUCUUUUAAUUUCGUGGCUGCUGUCAACAUCUGCAGUGAUCAUGGAGCCCAAGAAAGCUCUGUUUAGAAACCUCCAAUGAAGGAGAGUCCCCCACCUGUCCACACUUUAUUUUUUGCCCUACCCAGCAUCAGAUUUUUUUUGGGGGGGAGCAGGCAGCUUUCUCACGCAGGGCGCUGAGUCGAGGGGACGCAACACUGAAAAGAUCCAUUUGGGGGUGUCAAAUUUGGGCCUUGCUCCUGGCACCCUAUUACCGAUAAUCAAUUUCCGCCCCUGGCCCCACACUUUCCCAGUCCGUGUCCAAGCACUGGUUUGGGGGGGGGGGGUUGGCUUGCCGCUUUCCUGGGGGAGCCUGUUCUUUAAUGCUGAAUUGGAACAAAUGGCAAUUUGUGUUUUCCACAGUAAAGAGUGGGUUUUCUUGAGGAAACACACUACACAAAAGGAAGUCUGGAUGAGCCCAGAGUCCUUUCCACUGUGAAACAGCUCCCUGAAGUUCUUACUGAUGUUUAGUUGAAAUCUCCUUUCUUGCAGUUUGAAUCCAUUGGUUCAGGUCUUACCCUCUGGAACAGGAAAAAAACAAGCUUGCUCCAUCUUCCAUAUGACAGCCCUUUAGAUAUUUGACAAUGGCUAUUAUAUCAUCUCUCAUGUACACAUUUGGUUGUUCAUAGAAAUAUCACAGAUAUGUAUAUAUUAUCUUCAAGGGCUGUUGGGCUCAGCUAUUACAGCGUUUCUCUGUACUGUUGUUGUGUGUUUGCACAUUCGUCUGAGAACUAAGGAUAACACUGCACAUCUGUUGAAUUGCAAGACAGUUUAUGUCACAAUUAAGCUGCUUCCACAAGACUCUUAGAUAUGUGUGAGCCAUGUAAAUGUCCAGACCUCCACCCUGAGGGGAAAAAUCCUAAUCUGAUGCUGGAUUUUCACCCCAGGACAAGAUCAGCAUGUGGGUGUUCCUGAUGAGCAAGCUGACAAACUGCUGCUAGCAAACUGGGGGCUCCCCAAAGCGGUCCUGGAUAAAUACCAUGGUUUGGGAGUAGUUCGUAUGUUCCAGUGGCAAGCCGAGUGCCUGAUGGUUGGACAAGUUCUGGAGGGGGAAAACUUGGUUUACUCAGGUAUGCUAAUAGUUGAUGCUCAUUCAGCAAAUCUCACUUGCUGCAAGUAGCUGAUAUAGCAUUUCCCUGUUUGACUGUGUUUGUGGUGAACCUCUUUCCUUUUGACAAUGCGAUUAACUUCUGAGUUUAAUGGGGGACCCUCCUUAAUACAUAAAUAACAAUGAAUUUCUGAUUUGUCUUAUGUGUAAUUUGAUUAGAUCUAAAAACUGAUUUUAAUAACUGCUAGCUGCAUAUUUUUAAAGGGUGAAUUGCCAUUGCUUCUUUCUCUUGGUACCUUUUGAUGCUACUUGAGAACAUUUUUCUGAAGCCCGCAUCAUUGUUUCUCAUUUGAUAGCUAAAGAGAGAAAGAAUGUGACUUGUACAUGUCCUAGUAAUAAUAAAAGCAUAUUCAUGCUAAGUGCUCUUGCAGUAGCACUAAACAUAAAAUAUGUAAGGAAUUUUCAGUAACGCACAAUUCUGUAGGGCAGGAUCAGCAAUCCACAAACUUUGCCUGCCUGUUCUUGACUUUCUACUCCACCUCCGUGUGAGGUUAUGAGCAAUGCCUUGUUUCUUUUUCAAGCUCCAAGUUUAAUUGGGAAGUAAGGUGGGGAUCUUCCCUGUGAUUCCAGGUUGGAAUUUGUUUCUAGAUGUUGAAUGUCUUCCUUUCAAUGACUUUCAGCUCCUACAAGUGCAGGGAAAACUCUAGUUGCUGAAUUACUUAUGCUGAAGAGAGUGCUGGAAUCUCGCAAAAAAGCUUUGUUCAUUUUACCCUUUAUCUCUGUGGCCAAAGAAAAGAAAUAUUACCUGCAAGUAAGUAGAAGAUAUUUAAAGUAGGGUACUAGAUCAGAAGUCAUAUUGCAGAAUCUUAAGUGCUGGGAAGAAAAGCAGGCACAUUUUUGACAGAAUUUUUGGGGCAGAAUGAUCAUCUUAUUUGAGUGGAGGUAACCAGAACUGUGUGCAGCAUUCCAAGCUGGUUGCAUCAUAGAUUUGUGUAAAGGUAUUAUGACAUUGGCAGUCCCUUUCCCAGUGAUUCCAAGUAUGGGAUUUGCCUUUUUCACAGCUUCUGCACACAGGGCUAUCUUCAUUGAGCUAGCCACUAUGACCCCGAGGUCUCAUUUUUCAUCAGGCUUGAAUAUAAGAAGAGCCUGGAGGAUCAGGUAAAUGGCCCAACUAGUCAAGUAUCCUGUUCUCACAGUGGUCAAUCAGAUGCCUGCCUUAGGUGAGGGGUUGUCUAGUGAUGAGUUGGUUUCAAAGUACAAUGUGGGGUUGACUGCUUUACACAGUGCAUGCCAAAAUUCUAAACAUGUGAAAAUAUGUACAUUGUCUCUUUGGCAAAUAGGCAGUGUUCCAAGACGUAGGUGUUCAAGUGGAGGGGUACAUAGGGAGUAUUUCCCCUGCUGUCCGUUUCUCUGCCCUGGAUGUUGCUGUCUGCACUAUUGAGAGAGCUAAUGGUCUGAUCAACAGACUCAUAGAGGAGAAAAUACUGGACUCACUGGGUAAGCUGUAACAGCAUUUGUCAUUAUCAAGAAACAGUGAGAAAAGUGGUCUCCCAGUUGGACAUAUCAGUCUUCUUCUUUUUGCACAAUAUAUACCGUAUAUAUUUUCUGUGUAUAAGACGCUCCCAUGUAUAAGACAACCCCUAUUUUUUAAAACACAAAAUUAAGAAAUCGGGCCAGAGCCAGACCCUGAUCCCGAACCGCCAGACCCCGAACCUGAACCCAAACCCUGGCUGCCCACACUAGAGUUCGAACCUGAGCCCAGGCCUCCCACAACAGCCCAAACUCAAACUUGCACCCCUGUGCAUUAACCAUUCGUGUAUAAGAUGACCCCCAAUUUUUGACUAAAAUUUUAAAGCAAGAAACAUUGUCUUAUACGUGGGAAAAUAUGGUAUAUAAUUUCUAUAGCAGUUUGGUCUGCAUUCCACUGGCUUGAUUAGAAAAAUUGUAGGUAUAUCUACAGAUAUUUGUCAAUUCAUUCAAUAGCAGUCUUAAGUCGGAGUACUAUUGUUAGUAAAUUUCCUAAUUUUUUUAUCUAUACCGGCAUUUUUAAAAGAAAUAUGUCUGAACUGUUUUGAAAGUAAAUAACUUUUUUAAAGGAAGAACCCAUAAUUAAAUUUGAUAUUUGUGCUAGUUUUAAGAUUUCUGAGUCACCUUGGGUGCCCUUUGUUGGAGUAAAAGCGACUCUUAAAUGCUUUUAUAAAUCAAUAAAAUAGCAUGGGAGCUUAAAAUUUAGAGGGUUGGUUUAACUAUUUGGCUGGAUGGCAUCCUUUCUAAGUUUAAGUGUUGUUAUGAUAUUUGCAUCCAUCCAUUUAUUAGGAAUAGACUCUGUUUCUCUACAGUAUGAAAACAGCUCAGCUAACUGCCCUUUUAAAUGCUUCCUAAAAUUCAGUAGUACUGUAUAGCUGUCUGGGCCUUGCACUUUAUUCAAAUUUAUUCAAGUUUAAAAAUGCAACAAAGUAUCUUAUUCCUUUAUUUGUUACGUUCUGCAGCAGCCUAGAAUGUGCUUUGGUGAAGGGUGGUAUAGAAAUUUAAAAUAACAAUAGGUAAGUUGAUCUCUGUAGCCUCUCCCUUUCUGUUCCGUAGGAAUAGUAGUUGUAGAUGAGCUGCACAUGCUGGGGGAUCCUCAGAGAGGGUAUCUGCUAGAACUCCUGCUGACAAAGGUUCAGUUUUUGACCAGAAAAACAAAGAACAAGUGAGUAGACUAGAAAGUCGUUGUUUUUUAAGAUCACAAAAAUCUAGUUUUUUGAACAGGAUAUGUAUUUGGAUUAUGUCUGUUAAGACACAUGAGGCUCCUUUGACAAUGAAAGAGCACAAUGCUCUGGAUAUGUCACUGCCUUCAGGGCAGAGAACCUCUCAGUUUUGUCUCCCCUCUUCUACAUGCAGGCAUCACUUGCAUGCAUCCAAUUCUGUUGAAGGAGCAGCUCCAUUUAGAAUUCCUUUUGCUAAGCCACAAACAUACUUUACACCCAUUCUGAGAGCUGUUUAUUAUGGGAAUCUCUUAAACAGGAAUGACUAUCUCUUUACUUUUCUUGAAGUGCUUGUUACCAUCAUAGGCGCUGCUCUGAACCUGGACAUUUGUAAUAAAAGGCUGACAGUUGCAGGGAAUAUAGUUAAUUGAUAACUAUGAUAGGCACAUUAAGAGUCCUACCUGAUUCAAGAUUAUACAUACAGUGGUACCUCGGUUUACAAACGCAAUCCGUUCCGGAAGUCCAUUCUUAAACCGAGGUGCGCUUUCCCUAAUGUGGCUUCCCGCCACCAGUGCCCUUCCACCGUUCGGAUUCCAUUCUUAGACUGAGGUAAAGUUCACAAACCAGGACACUACUUCCAGUUUUGCGGAGUUUGUAAACCAAAUAGUUCUUAAACAGGGCCGACGUACCACUGUAUUCAUAUUUGCGUGGUUAAUACAGCCUUGACCAAAACAUUACCCACAUGUGAAGGAGCAGAGCAGCCAAACUUAGCACAAAAAGAGUUGCCAAGUCAAACUUUACAAUGAGCAAAACUUCACAAAUUGAUUGAAAAUGUCAGUUCAAUCAUUUGAAAUCCUCUGCAGGUGAUGCAUGCAGUAUUUUUGCUUAACAAUGCUUCUCCUACAGUUCCACAGCAAGAGAACACUCUUUUAGAGUCUUUCUUUCAUCAGGUCCAUUUGGAGCAUUAGUAACAGGGCAUGUAUAGUUGCAGUAAAAUGUAGUCAAGUUGUGGUACAAUAGCAGAAUUUUCCCUCUUAGGUCUCAUUUCAUAUUCCUGUUCAUUGCAGAUGCUUAAGAUAAAAACAGUACUUUAAGAGCAAUAAUAAAUACUCUAUUUUCCAAGUAAAAUAGUUAUAGUGUCCGUUGAAAUGACCAUCUACCUCAAGGACCACCUCUCCCCAUAUGAACCGACUCGGACACCGCACUCAUCAUCUGAGGCUCUUCUUCAUGCCCCUCUACAAAAUGCCUAGAGGGCGCAAUGGAAGAACAGGCCUUUUCUGCAGUGGCCCCCCAUUUGUGCUCACCUGGUGCCUUCAUUGCAUAUCUUUAGACGCCUGGCAAAAACUUUUCUCUGUAACAGGCCUUUGACCUUUAGCUAUUUGUAGCCUUUUAGAAAUGGACAGGAUGUUUUAAAUUUAUUUCUCUUUCCUCUUUAUAAAGGCUCAGUUUGGCGUGUAUGGUGGAGCAUUGCUUGGUUAAACAUUAGAAAACUCUUCUGACUCUUGAUUGAGGGAAGCAGCUUCUAGGGUGCCUAUAUAAGAACACAAGAGGAAGCUUGCAGGAUCAGACUAAAGGUCCAUUUAAUCCAGUAUUCUGUUUCUAGUAUUCACUAGCCAGGUGCUUGCUGGAAACUUGAAAGCAGAUUAUGAAGGCAACAGUGUCACCUAAGCAACUGGUAUCCAUUUAGUUCCCAGGGCUUACCUUGGUCUCCCAUCUGUGAACUUGCCUAGUCAUCUUCUAAAGCCAUUAGCCAUUCCCACAUCUUGUGGCAGCAAAUCCUGUGAGAUGAUUUUCCAAUGGAAUAACUGCUAAGAAUUCAGUUUUCUUUUCUUUUUUCUUGUAGACAAUUAAACAUGUCUGGACCACUCUCAAAUGGAAUACAAAUUGUAGGCAUGAGCGCUACCCUUCCUAACCUGGGUCUUCUGGCCUCCUGGCUAAAUGCAAAGCUAUACCACACAGAUUUCCGACCGGUGCCCCUUGUAGAGCAAGUGAAAAUUGGCAGCCAAAUUUAUGACUCCUCCAUUAAAGCUGUGAGAGAAAUCCAGUCUGUGCCGCAUAUAAAGGUAACUGGAUAUUGCUAAGGAUACGUCAACUUAAUUUAAUGCUGCUUGGCUGCCUACAUUUAAAAUGAAACCCUUAAGUGUAUAAUAGGUGUGUAAUGUGUCAAAGCAUGUUGUAUCACAUGGUAGGUAGAUGGGCAAUCUUUUCCUAUCUCCAGGUUUUGACCAAUAAUUUAGCAAGUUCUGGACUUCUGUCUAAUGGUAUAAUCCAAAAGCAUGUGUUCAGUGCACCUUACCUCACAGUAGGCAUGUUUGGGAUUGUAACAGACCUAUGUUGCACAGUUGCAGGGCAGGCAAACAAAAAUGGUGGAAUUUAACAUCAUGCUCUUCAGCUUACCAGACAGAAACAGCUUGCCAGUCUUCCCUCCCCUCUCCUCCCCUUCAUGUGCUGUUCUGGGGGUUCUUCUGACCUCUCCCAGAGCCAAUUUCAAGGGGGUGGGCUGAAGAGAAGGGGGGAAGCCUUGCUGUGCAAGCACAAAUUCUUAAGUGGGACUUCUGAUGGUGCUGGUUAGGUGAAUCCUUCCCCAAAGUCCCACUCAAUCACACCACAUGGUGGAUGACUUGGGUACUUGUUUAGAACAGGACAUAAUUUUCAAUCCUGGCCAUAUAGAGCUGAGCUUUUGAGUUUCUGAAUUGAAGAAGGGAUUGGGAAAAGGCUUCAAGCGCAUUACCUCCAUAGUGAUAUAUGAAAUUUGCUUGUUAAAGAAAUGUUUCUAUUUAGAACGAUGAGGACCAUGUGGUGACUCUGUGUUAUGAGACUGUUCAGAAUGGCCAUUCCGUCCUUAUUUUCUGCCCAUCUAAGAACUGGUGUGAGAAAUUGUCAGACAUCAUUGCCCGGGAAUUCUACAAUCUCCAGCACAAGUGUGAGUCAAAAUUAAGGGGCUGAGGAAGGGCUGGGGCUUGAAGAGUACACACAACAUGACAAUAUGCUUUCCCUCCUAUGUAAAGACCUUCAAAAGAUGUCCACCCUUUCACCAGUAGCCCUGGACACAGAAGGGAUAGAGGAGUUGAUAGGUCAGCUAAAGCAUACGCCUUCUGGUUUGGACUCCGUGCUUCAGAGGACUAUAAAAUGGGGUGUAGCUUUUCACCAUGCAGGUAUGCCUUUGGGGUGUGUUCAUCUUGUAUUAUUUUAUUUGUCUACAUCAGUCUGAGUGUGUAAACGUCUGGCCUGCCAUGACUUUUCUGACUGCUAGGCACAUGCAUGUCCAUGCUUCAUGUCUGUAGCUUUAAGUGAAAUAGCCAUUAUGAAUCAAACACUACAGAGCACUACCCAAAGAGUGCUUACUAAUGAUUCCUCAUCAUCCUGGAAAAAAGGGACAAGUGGAGUGCCGCAGGAUUCUGUCCUGGGUCCACUGUUAUUCAACAUCUUUCUAAAUGACUCGGCUGAAGGAAUUGAGGGGAUGCUUAUCAAAUUUGCAGAUGACAUCAAACUGGGAGGGGUAGCUAAUACUGUAAGAGACAGAAUCGGGAUUCAAGAUGAUCUUAAGAUGAUUGGAGAACUGGGCCAAAAAUAACAAAAUGAAUUUCAACAGAGAACAUGUAAGGUUCUACACUUAGGCAGGAAGAACCAACUGCACAAAUAUAAGAUGGGGGGCUUGCAAGUAGUACAUGUGAAAAGGAUCUGUGGGUCUUAGUAGACCACAAGCUUAACAUGAGUCAACAGUGUGAUUCAUCAGCAAAAAGGUCUAAUGUUAUUCUAGGCUACAUCAACAGAAGUAUAGUGUCCAGAUCAAGGGAAGUAAUAGAGUCCUACUCUAUUCAGCCUUGGUCAGAAACACACCAGGUGUACUGUGUCCAGGUCUGGGCACCACAAUUUAAGAAGGAUAUUGGCAAACCUGAAAGCGCUCAACCUGAAGCAACUUCAACCCGAGGUAUGACUGUAUAUGUAUACAAGUGGAAUUACUUUAAUGCUAUAAAACAAUAUUUGGAUUUGAACUUUAUUCCAAAAUCUUGAUUUCCCAGGAUUAAAUUGCCUCAAUAACUAUCUGCCACCAUUGCUUAAUAUGUCAGUAUUUAAUAGUGUAUAUUAAUCUUAGGUCUUACAUUUGAUGAACGAGACAUCAUUGAAACCGCUUUUCGUCAAGGAGUGCUUCGAGUCCUGGUAGCAACCUCUACACUUUCUUCUGGGGUGAAUCUGCCUGCACGCCGGGUAAUCAUCCGAACUCCUGUGUUUGGAGGCAGAUCAUUGGAUGUCUUGACAUACAAACAGAUGGCUGGGAGAGCUGGAAGGAAGGGAGUAGACACCAUAGGUAAGUGCAGUUGUUCUAGCUGUGACUAACAAUAGUUCCUUGACUGUUUAAAGACCAGCAAAAUUAUUGUGGCCUGGGUUUUCUUGGGCUAAUGCCCGCUUGAUUAGGGGCAUCCAGAAAGUGGACCAGAAAGUUGCUAUAGGUUUUAGAGAGUGGGCAGUUUUCCAUAUAGUAGGCCAAAAAGCUAGGAAAAUGAGUGAGAGAACAGGUGUAACAUAGUUCCAUAUUAAGAAGAGGCAGUCCCCAUGCAAUCCAGGUUCAAAGAAAAUAAAUAGGUGCAAGCCAUACAGCUUAAUUGCAUGUUUUGAUCUAAAAUGCAGUUUUCAUCAGAGAAGAUCUACAGUGUAGAACAUUCCUAACAUUGUAAUUAGCAUGGUUCAUGCUAAUUCAUGCUAAAUGGCAGAGUGGAGGCCAACCUGACCCCAUCCAUUGGCCAGUGAAGAAGCAGCUGCUUGCUUUCAGUGCUUGUUUCCCUUUUCUCUCCCUCCUCCUUAUCUUUUAAUAUGUGUACAGUUCUUAGGGGGGGAAAUAUGUGCUCUAUAAGUGUUAAGCACAGAAAAAGGCACCAAAAAACGAGGGUGUGUCUGUGUGUGACCCAGAUACCCGUAAAGGUUGGGAGGAAGAGGCCUGGCCCCUCUACCUGCCACUGCUGUCGGAUGCUAUGAUGCAGUAAAAGAGAGAAACUGACACUUUGGUUGUUCAGUUCGUGGCGUGCUUGAGAAUGUUUGGGUUUGGUGAAAUGAUAGUUGGUCAGUUGGUUGAAUAGCUGACAAUAUUUGCCCAGCCUCCAAGCCCUGAUCUUGUGCACAGCUGUAUGCAGAGGAAGAGGAAUUCAAGAUCCAGUCAGAAUCAAUGUGUGUUCUGUUCUUGCUUAUAGGAAAGGGGACAGAAUGUACCCAGCCAAUGGUCCCUAGUGAUAUAUCUGCAAAGAUUUUGCCAUUCCCCCAUCUGCUUUGCCAUUUGAAUCACUGAUGUGUGCCCUCUAUAGUGAAUGAUUUUUCUGUAAGAAGAAAGUAAGCAGGCUAUAGUCAGGGCAGAAGAACAAAAUAUGUACCUUUGUUCCUAACCCUGGUGAUCCCUGCUUUCAGUUUAAAUGCUCUUGAGCCACUUGACCUACCUGUUCUUGGUUCUAACGAACAUUGAUUUGAUUACUAAUGAAACUGCUUAUUAAUUAAAAUGACUCUUGUAUGCACUGGUUAUUAAAUAAUGCAUUUUCCCUCUCUCGGUUGAAAUUGGUGUGUUUUGGUAGGCGAGAGCAUUCUGGUGUGCAAGACCACAGAGAAAUCCAAAGGCAUUGCUCUUCUCCAGGGCUGUCUCAAGCCAGUGCGGAGCUGCUUGCUGAGCCAAGAGGGAGAAGACAUUACUUCAAGCAUGAUACGGGCAAUCCUGGAGGUAUGUAACGCUCAUGCUAAGGCAAUAAAACUUUGCUCCCAAGGCAUAUAUCAAUAUUUAUUACCUGCAGGCUUUUGGGUUGUAGUCGUUUGAGGGGUGAAUGCAUCUGUAGAAAUACUUCAUUUUUUAAUAUCCAAUUCAACAUUAAGUUCAGCCUGCUCCACCUAUGCAGCUAGGUGAAGGAGCUGCCAGGUGUAUUUAAGGAAAUGGAUCCUGUGAGUACUCUUAGAUCUCUUAGAUCUAAUUUCUGUGAUCCUUCACACUCAAAGUAGGCUGGGGGCUGUGUUGCUUCAAUCAAGCAUACAUGGCAGCAUAUAAUUGGGUGAACAGAGGUUUACUUCUUGUUUAUCUGUCAAGUUUAUAUCCUGCCUUUCCACUGAAUUAGGCUUAAGAUAGCAAUAAUGCAAAUUCAGUAAAAUAUAAUUAAGCAUAAAAUACAAAGUAAAAAAGCAGGCAAAACUUCUAGGAAACAAGCAGGUAAAACUAAUCACAACAUAUUUACAAUUCGGCAUGUUGUAUUUGCCUGCCCAUGAGAAGGUUGUCAGAGCUGGGGGCAGAAUUCACCCCUGGGUCAACUGACUUGAAGAAACAUAGUUUUCACUGGGGAGUGUUUUGGGACAAGCUGUCCCUCUGCAAUAGGGGAAGGCUGCCCUUAAGCCAGAAUGAAACCAGGCUGCGGUUGCUCAGCACCAAAAAGGUGGCAGAUGCAGCUUUGAAACUCAUUUGGAGGGUGAGGAGCAGCUAAGUCGGCAGUAACUGAGGAGCAUUAAUUUUGGAGGUGAGGAUGAAAAGGUUUUUGACUACCCAAAUGGGGUUGGGGUGGAAGAAAUAGGGAACGGACAUGAUAGCCAGUCGAAGGAGCCAAAUGGCUGUAUGGGGAAAUGCACAUGUCGGACAGAAACAUUUGGAAAGGAGCAACGUGUUUAGGUGUUUAUAUGAUAAUUUUAGAAGCCUCUGAGCAAAGAUGAGUGAAUUGGAAUACUUGAUUUUAAAGGGAAACCUAUAUUAAAAGGUAAAGGGACCCCUGACGGUUAGGUCCAGUCGCAGACAACUCUGGGGUUGUGGCGCUCAUCUUGCCUUAUUGGCCGAGGGAGCCGGCGUACAGCUUCUGGGUCAUGUGGCCAGCAUGACUAAGCCACUUCUGGCGAACCAGAGCAGCGCACAGAAACGCCGUUUACCUUCCUGCUGGAGCGGUACCGAUUUAUCUACUUGCACUUUGACGUGCUUUUGAACUGCUAGGUUGGCAGGAGCUGGGACCAAGCAACGGGAGCUCAUCCUGUCACGGGGAUUCGAACCGCGACCUUCUGAUCAGCAAGCCCUAGGCUCUGUGGUUUAGACCACAGCGCCACCUGCGUCCCUGCUAAACCUGUAUUGGGCAUAACAUAAAUCUGAUGAAAUGGAGGAGAACCAGUGGGAUGAAAUCCUCUCUAGAUCCAAAGUAUGGGAAGGACAGGGAAGGGUGUCCUGGGAGCAGUAUCACUGUAUAUCAAUUUACCGAAGGGUGACAGUGUGGCAUAUCUUCAGACUCUGAAGCAGCGUGAUCAAAAUAUAUAAAACUGCUGAAAAGCGUCAUGCAUCAAAAAUGGCAAGGUUAUGCCAUAAUUUAAUUUUAUUACUGCAUUUAUAUGCUGCCUCUCCACCAAGACAAAGAAGCGAUGCAAAGUAUUCUCAGGUCAACUUUAGGAGCUGAAGACCAUCUGCUCCCUGGCCUGAGUUUCUUCUCUGAUACUCUUCCCCGAUGUGGGGCUCAAACCCAGACGCUGAGAUUAAGAGUCUUAUGCUGUACCUGCAAUUGGUGUUCAGAGGUAUACUGCUCCUAAACACAGGAUCUCUAGAAUGACGAAUACUUGUUUGCUUGGCCUUUCCUCCAUAUAUAUAUGUCUGAUCCUCUCUUAAAGCCAUCUGAGCCCAGGCAUCUUUAUUGUAUCCUUAUUGUAGUCAAUUAUGUAAGCGCUGAAGGCACUUUUUCUGUUACUAUUCAUUCUGGAGUGGUAUGUAGUUGCAAAAUUCUGGAAAUCUAUACAUGCGUACGCAAAUACCUCUGUGCCCAGGGGUAUCCUUGUGAGAGACUGAGUGCCCUUGACAUGCUCACUGAGAAAUUUUAGAAGUGCAGUGUGUCCUUUCCAUCUAAAAGGGUCUCCUUUCAGAUUUAAUUGCUGUAUCGUUUUAGCAAGUACUGUAUGCUGAUUAAAUUCUUAUUCUGACAGAUCAUAGUAAAUGGAGUAGCUAGCUCUCCAGAAGACAUCCAGAGUUAUGCUUCCUGUACACUCUUUGGUGCAAGUCUGAAAGACUUCCCGGACAAUGGGACAGAGCAGGAGAGAAAUUGCCAUGGUUCUAUAGAUGCUUGUGUGAAGUGGCUGCUUAAGAAUGAAUUUAUCCUGAUUUCGGUGUCUGAUACAGGCAAAGGUAAAAUGCACAUUUGCAUUUGGAUUGCAUGUUAAAGCAAAAAAUGAAACAUGCAGAUUUGGAGCAGCAAACAUUUGUACCAUUUAUGUGCAACCUUGAGCAUAGCUUCUCUAACCUGUUUUGAUGCUGUCUCUAUGCUCAGCUUCUUCCACAAAUUGAUUCAAUCUUGUUCUUUAAUUUCUGUGCCUCAGUCACCCUCCCACGCCCUUUUAAGCCCUAACAAAUCUUCCCAAUCGAUGUUUUACAAAGUAGGCUACAAUUUGGAAACUGUGCCCUUUGUACUGACCCUGGGGGCAGCAAGGAGUAAAGACUCAAAGGAAGUCAAUUGUUUAGUAGCUUGUUCCAUAAAUUCAAGGCAUUUUAAUCAUGCACUUGGUACCACCUGGAUACCAUGUAGCUGCAACAUCAACCAAGAUUGUAAUUAUUGCUCUGCAGUAGGUCUACCACCUACCAGAAAAAAGUCUCAAAGACAGUAAAGUCACUUUGAUCUCCAAAGGGGCCGAUAUUGGUGCCAUUAGAAUAAAUGGUCAUGGUCUAGUCAUAGUGGAAUUGGAAGCUUUAGGAAGAAAAACACAUACCCAUGUGGUGCUUUAACUCUCUGCUUUAGUCACCACCAAGUGGUGCAGAAAAACUGAAAGAAAUUUUAACUAAUUAUUUCACUGAAUAUGAUGCUUCUGAGGACUUGAUGGGAGGUGAUGAAAGCUGUGAUGCAUGGGACUUGCAUCAAGGAACUGAGAUAAAAAAGAGACAAGGGACAGAAACUUCGGAGCAGGAGAGAGAUAAAUUACUGACAAAAUAUAGUAAAUGAGGUUUCAAUAGGGUUUAUAAGCAACUAGAAGAGAAAGGAAUUGAAAUUAUUAGAAGCUAAGAGAAUCAUGGCUAAAUUUUAAUAUACAAAUAGGGCCUUUGGUGUCAAGUAGUCUAAGGGACGCGGGUGGUGCUGUGGGUUAAACCACAGAGCCUAGGGCUUGCCGAUCAGAAGGUCAGCGGUUCGAAUCCCUGCGACGGGGUGAGCGCCCGUUGCUCAGUCCCUGCUCCUGCCAACCUAUCAGUUCAAAAGCAUGCCAAAAAGUGCAAGUAGAUAAAUAGGUACCGCUCCGGCGGGAAGGUAAAUGGCGUUUCCGUGUGCUGCUCUGGUUCGCCAGAAGCGGCUUAGUCAUGCUGGCCACAUGACUCGGAAGCUGUACGCCGGCUCCCUUGGCCAAUAAAGCGAGAUGAGCACCGCAACCCCAGAGUCAGCCACGACUGGACCUAAUGGUCAGGGGUCCCUUUGCCUUUACUUAGUCUAACAUAAUCUGUUAGGGCUUCUUCUUUGCUGUUUAGGGUGCAAGGCAACAUUUCCCAGUGCCCACUCACAAAACUGGGACAGUUUUGAGACGUUUAAAACCCGUGGAAGGUUGUUGGGUUUUUUUAUUCAGGGGAGAUCAGAGCCAAGAGACUAUGCAGCCUUUCUGUAGCUCAUCAGGCCGCACACCCUAGUUCAGGUUUUCUUUUCUUUUUUGCUGUGUAGAAAAUUGCAUAGAAGGAGCUAUUACAACUCCAAGGGCAUUUAGUCAGGUUUAAUUUGAAUCUCAGGGAUUAUCUUUUUUCCUUCCCACUUCCUCAUCUGGUUUGCUGGAUAUGAUUCAUUUAUUAAUUUUACAGUGUUCAGUCCUUGGAAUCAGUUUUAAAAAAAUAGGCUAGCCAGCAAUAGCAAAGGCUUUCCGCCGACUUUAUUCUGAGAUCCAGUAAGAAUAUACACUACAGAUUUAGAUGUGGUUGGGGUAAGGCAUCUUCAUAUGGCUAUGUGUAAUACUAUCAAAUUAUACUUCUUACAUUCGUCUCAGUUCAGAAAUGAAUCUGUCAUUGAUCCUACCGUCUCAGGUUCCUAGUCUGCAAAGAUAUGAGAAUUCCCUCCCCGCCAGCCACUAAAAAAAUUCAAGAAACAGGAUAAUUAAAGACAAAUUCUUGAGGAUUAGCUGUGUUAGUUCAUUGCAGCAAAGCCUCAAAGCAUUUUGCAAAUGAACAGUAAAACACUUGUACUUUUCUGCAGUGGCUCCCCAUUUGUGGAAUGCUCUUCCCAGGGCGUUCCCCCUGGCACCUUCAUUAUACACCUUUAGUAAAAGGCAAAUGACCCCUGAUAGUUAAGUCCAGUCGCAGACGACUCUGGGGUUGCAGCACUCAUCUCACUUUACAGACCGAGGGAGCUGGUGUUAGUCCGCAGACAGUUUUCCGGGUCAUGUGGCCAACAUGACUCAGCUGCUUCUGGCAAAACCACAGGAGUGCACGGAAACACCGUUUACCUUCCCGCCGGAGCGGUACCUAUUUAUCUGCUUGCACUUUUUGGCAUGCUUUCGAACUGCUAGGUUGGCAGGAGCUGGGAUCGAGCAACGGGAGCUCACCCAGUCGCGGGGAUUCGAUCCGCCGAACUUCGGAUCAGCAAGCCCAAGAGGCUCAGUGGUUUAGACCACAGUGCCACCCACGUCCUUAUUAUACACCUUUAGCCAGGCAAAAACAUUAUCCUUCAACCAGGCCUUUGGUUGGCUAACAUCCUAAAUCCUUUUAAAUGUGUUGGGUGGGGAGGGGGGUUAUUGGUAUAUUUUGUUUUUGUUCUUGUUUUAAAUAUGUAUUUUGUGGUUUUAUCUUGUAUUUUUAUGCUGUGAACCACCCUGAGAUCUACAGACGAAGAGCAAUAUACAAAUUUAAUUAAUAAUAAUAACAAUAAUAGAUGUAUCUUUUCUCUUGGCAGAAAUAUAUUGCCCAACACAUCUUGGCUCUGCUACCUUGUUUUCUUCCUUUUCACCCGUAGCAGUACUAGAAAUUUUUGCUGAUCUCCAGAGAGCAAUGAAGAGCUUUGUCUUAGAGAAUGAUCUGCACAGUCUUUAUUUGGUAUGAUUUUGUUCAGACUUUUUCAGCUACUUGAGGUAUACAGUCUGAGAUUCCAGCAGAGGGGGAAUCCUUCCUGACACCAGUGGCUUAUAAUUUAUGCCUUAUCCCAGCAGAUGAAGUUAUGUCUUAAACAUAAUCAGAAGAAAUUAUAUUUGCAUCAGCCACUAGCCAUAGCAAUAAAAUAAAAUGUACUGAAGAUAGAGGUAAAAACUUAACAUUUUGGGGGUUAACAUCUAUAAUCAAAUAAUAAAUCUUAUUCUGAUUGGCCCUGCAAACAUAUUAAACUGCUGCCUUGAAUUUUUAAAGUUUUUUUCCACUGCAGGUAUACUUUUUCAGCUUGGUUAAAGCUAAUCCCAUACUCUCUUUUUUAUCAAUUCAAAGCUAAAGAUACCCAGCUCCCUCAAUUGCUCCAGUGCUACACCACACUGUUGAUUCAUGUUAAGCUUUCCCCACCUCUUUUGGUGGUGCGAAAAUAGUAUGUAAAGGAAGUAGGAUUCAAAACCUGUUUCUUCUUGUUUUGGUUCUUCUUUUUUUAGGUCACCCCUGUUUAUGAAGACUGGGCCAAAAUAGACUGGUAUCGAUUCUUUUGCAUGUGGGAGAAGUUGCCUGCCUCAAUGAAAAGAGUUGCCGAGCUGGUUGGAAUUGAAGAAAGCUUUUUGGCUUGCUCUGUGAAGGGCAAAAUAAUUACUAGAACAGAGAGGCAGCGUAGGCAAAUGGCCAUUCACAAAAGGUAAUGGCUGAACAACUUACAAUGUUACACUAUGGUGUAUAUGACAUCACAAAGUGAUGGUGACAUUAUUGCAAAAUACUCCACCUUUGCAACCGGCAUUCAGCAGUUUUCUGCUCUAAGUAUAAUGUUGAAGUUACUGGAUUUGCAAGUAGCGUGUGUUUAGAAACAAGUUUCUUCUAAAACGUUUCCGUGGAGCCUAUCUAUAGUACAAAAUAAAGGGAGUAAUAACUUUUGAAACAGGCAUUGUGAUUGAUAAUACCCAACACACAUUCAACUGAUACACAUUCAACUGAUACAGUUCAAGAAGGACACUGACAAACUGGAACGUGUCCAGAGGAGGGCAACCAAAAUGGUCAAAGGCCUGGAAACGAUGCCUUAUGAGGAACGGCUAAGGGAGCUGGGCAUGUUUAGCCUGGAGAAGAGGAGGUUAAGGGGUGAUAUGAUAGCCAUGUUCAAAUAUAUAAAAGGAUGUCACAUAGAGGAGGGAGAAAGGUUGUUUUCUGCUGCUCCAGAGAAGCGGACAAGGAGCAAUGGAUCCAAACUGCAAGAAAGAAGAUUCCACCUAAACAUUAGGAAGAACUUCCUGACAGUAAGAGCUGUUUGACAGUGGAAUUUGCUGCCAAGGAGUGUGGUGGAGUCUCCUUCUUUGGAGGUCUUUAAGCAGAGGCUUGACAACCAUAUGUCAGGAGUGCUCUGAUGGUGUUUCCUGCUUGGCAGGGGGUUGGACUCGAUGGCCCUUGUGGUCUCUUGCAACUCUAUGAUUCUAUGAUUCAUUUAUUUAUUCCUAAGGAGCAGUUUUGAAGAAUCUCUUGCAAAUAAGCAAUUUCCAGUGCUUGCAGGCAAUUACUGUGUUCCUCAUGCUGUCUGUGUUCUUUGCCAGGUUUGCAUCUUCAUUCAGCAGCGUGUGGUCAUAUAAUCUAAGAGGGAAUUCAAAAUUGUGGGUGAUACAAAGGCAUCCCAGCCUGAAACUUAGGUUUCCCAGUAUGCCAUUUGAGUUUCCUCUUUCUGCUAGUAAGGCACACACAAUCCAUCUUCUUGUACCUUGGACAAGGGCCCUGCAUGGAUGUGCCUCUUCCCCAUGGAACAGCUGUCUUAUUUCAGAACUUGCAGUUACCUCCACUUACAUUUUACCACUCUCAACCAGCAGCACAAUGGCAGGAUCAUCUCUAAUUUUAUGAAUUACUUUUGCACUCGCACCCUCUUCAGUAGAAGACAUUGCAUUAUACACAGACACCCCCAGUUUCUCAUUCAGGCUUUAAGUAGACCCAGGGCUCCUUAGCUUCACCAACUGCCUUAAGAUGGUAGUCCUUUUGCCAUAUACAGUGGUACCUCAGGUUAAGUACUUAAUUCGUUCUGGAGGUCCGUUCUUAACCUGAAACUGUUCUUAACCUGAAGCACCAGUUUAGCUAAUGGGGCCUCCCGCUGCCGCUGCGCCGCCGGAGCAUGAUUUCUGUUCUCAUCCUGAAGCAAAGUUCUUAACCCGAGGUACUAUUUCUGAGUUAGCAGAGUCUGUAACUGAAGCGUAUGUAACCUGAAGCUUAUGUAACCUGAGGUACCACUGUAUAUAACAUAAAUGUGCCUGAGUUUGUGACAAUCAUAAGUUGCAAGGCAGUAAUUACCAUUGCAAACCCCUCCUGGUGUUCUCUUGCUUCCUUUCCUUGUGCCCCCAACUUCUUCUGCAGGAAUGUUAGCUACCUUGCCAAUUCCCCCCAGGCACCAUCUGUUUCCAGAAUUCCUGCCAAAUCCUUCCAUCACCUUGACAACACUCACUGUUACGGGCCUAACAUAACUGCAACCCAAGAUAGAGAUCUAGCUGGCUGCAAUUUCUGCAGGACACUUGUUAAUCUGCAGGGCACAUUUAAGUUGGUGUACCGCAACCCCUUCUAAUUUUUGUUUGGACCAGACUGCAACAUGGACAAUUAUAGAUGGUCUUUUCUGAUUGUUGCUGCUGUUCUAGUCAUAAAGUGGCAAUCGGGCCUGUGUGUGUAGCUUUCUGUAGCCUUUCUUCCAGCUGAGAGAACAGUAGUACUGUUAAAGUUAAAAGAAAGUGAAGAAUGCUUGCAGUUGGUGGAGGGCAUUUGGGGUGGAAUGGGAAAAUCAGUCACACGUCUCUUGAAGCAAGACUAGAACCCACUUAAGAGAGGUUCAACAGAGAUUGUCCUGCUUGGCACAUAUGUGCUUAUUCAACUCCUGCUAUUAGGAUGUUUGGAUAGAUUGUAGGGAGCUUAUUCCUCAGAUUCGUUUCUGCCACCUGCUUAGGGAUAUAUGAAGCCUCUUCCACCUUCCUGCCCCAUGAUCUUUGAUAUCAUUGCUUUUAGGAAUUAUUAUGCCUCUGUGUCUGCACGUACAUCAUAUGCUAUCCUUGGUUUAGUGGGAUGCACAUCCAAAUCCAAACGUGCAUUUCUGUUUUAAACUCUCAGCUAGCUUGCACAUCCAGCCCCCCCAAGCUGAUUUUCUUCCCAGUGGAAGGUAAGUUGAAGAAAGUCAGACAGAAAAUGAAUGUCCACACCAGUAGAGAUGCAACCUUCUCGAUUACUGCAUCUGCUUCUAAUUUUUUCCUUUCUGUGUUCUUACCAUAAAGCAAUAUUCAUGCCCCUUUUGCAGCACACCAACUUAUCUUAAUUUUUACUGAUGUAGAUUUUUUACAAGCCUGGCUCUCUUGGACUUAAUAAAUGAGGUUCCUAUAAAUGAUGUUGCUAAGAAAUAUGGCAGCAAUCGUGGACAACUUCAGUCUUUACAACAGUCUGCUGCUACUUAUGCAGGUGAGGCAAUACUGAUACAUAAUUUAAUUUGAUUUUAUAAGUAAUAAAUUAUUGUUGCUAUUAUUAUUAUUAUUAUUAUUAUACAAAUUGGUGUUUGCAGGAGACUCCUUUGGGAGGAAUGGCAGGAUAAUAAAUCCAGUAACCUUUGCUGUAUCUUAUACAAUAUAUUUCAGUCUUCCAACAUGUGCAGAUUUGGCCAAUAACUGUGUGUGUGUGUGUGUGUGUGUGUGUGUGUACACACACACACAAUGGUACCUCUGGAUACGAAUGGGAUCCGUUCCGGAGCCCCGUUCGCAUCCAGAAGCAAAUGCAACCUGUGUCUGCUCAUGUGCGGUCACGAUUCGCCGCUUCCGCACAUGCACAUGACGUCAUUUUGACUGUCUGCGCAUGUGUGAGCGGCGAAACCCGGAAGUAAUGCGUUCCGUUACUUCCGGGUCGCCGUGGAGCGCAACCCGAAAGUGCUCAGCCUGAAGCAACUUCAACCCGAGGUAUGACUGUAUAUAUAUCUCCUAAAGGAAUAUUUGGCACUGUCAGAGUGAACAUAUGAAGACACCCCUGUAGCAGCUAUCUUAAAUGAUCUCUUGAAAGUGAUUUUGUAAUAAUUUGCACCAUUUAUACAUACACUGUUUGAUAACGACUUAAUUUUUUUUAAAGAAAAAGUUUUAACAUGCUGAAUUUUGUAACAAUUCUUAUAUAUUUCAGGGAUGAUUACCAUUUUCUGUAACCGUCUGGGGUGGCACAAUAUGGAACAAUUGCUCUCCCAGUUUCAGAGUCGUCUCACGUUUGGAAUCCAGAGAGAGCUCUGUGAUCUUGUCCGGAUAUCUCUGUUAAAUGCACAGUGUGCUAGAGCUCUCUAUAAGGCUGGUUUUGUCACGGUCGCUGAUGUCGCCAAAGGGAAUAUUGCAGAGGUGGAAAAUGCCUUCAGGAAUGCAGCACCUUUCAGAAGGUUAAAAGUAUUUCUAGUAUGACAGAAAGCUAUCCCUUUGAUACAGUUUUAGCUAGUAUAAGUUUGGGAAAUGGAUCUGAUUCUCACUCUUGGAUGUCAGUUUACUAGAGUUUAGUUAUGUUAAAGGUAAAGGUAAAGGUACCCCUGCCCGUAUGGGCCAGUCUUGACAGACUCUAGGGUUGUGCGCUCAUCUCACUCUAGAGGCCGGGAGCCAGCGCUGUCCGCAGACACUUCCGGGUCACGUGGCCAGCAUGACAAGCUGCAUCUGGCGAGCCAGCACAGCACACGGAACGCCGUUUACCUUCCCGCUGGUAAGCGGUCCCUAUUUAUCUACUUGCACCCCGGGGGUGCUUUCAAACUGCUAGGUUGGCAGGUGCUGGGACCGAACGACGGGAGCGCACCCCGCCGCGGGGAUUCGAACCACCGACCAUGCGAUCGGCAAGUCCUAGGCACUGAGGUUUUACCCACAGCGCCACCCGUUAGUUAUGUUACACUCCAAUAAUUUUAUUUUAGCUUUCUUAUGCUCCCCAGUGCCAGUGUGGUAUGUCUGAGAUGGCUAUUGGUGUAAAAUACUACACAUAAAUGUUUGUCAUGCUUUAUCUAGGUAAUAUUUAGGAUUCUAUGUAAGACUCAUAAUAUGGUGGUGUUUCAAUCCUACUCUUAAGGAAUGUGUUCCCAUGUCAGCAUGCCUGUGUGCUGUCUUCCAGGUUCCCCACCUGCUUGGAGUAAGGCAAGUGGUGUCAGAAGAGAGGGCCUUUUUGGUAGCAUAAUUGCCUCCCCAAGGCGCCUGUGUUUUAUUUAUUUUUAUUUAUUCAGUUCUAACUUCAGCUGUUUCUGUACUUUCAUUACUGUGUCACUGUUCAUUUAUACUUGUUAAUAAUUUCCCCCCUUUCUAUACUGCCCUGGAAACACAUAUGAAGAGCAAUAUACAUUUCCCCUAAAUUAUGAUAUAUAUCACCUUAGGAUGUGCAGUUCUUUAAAACUGACCUCUUCUCAGUAGGAGAUUUCUGCUGUUUUCAUCCUCCUCCCUCAUGCUCUUCUGCACCUUCUAAGGAGAGCAGCAUCUUAGAGAAAUCCUGAAGGGAAAACUAUAUUCCUCCCCGUCCUUUCUUUUCUUUGGUUUUGCACCCCUCUUCUUAUUACUUAGCUUUUCCCUAGAACUCAAGUGUCCAGCGACUGAUCUCUGAAUGCACCUAACCUCUGAUGCAAGCUAAGUUGUCACCUCUGCUUCCCAACUCACUUUGUUCACUUCCUUAUCGGCGUGCAGACUAAAAUAAAAAUUGACUUUUUGUUGUGGGUGCAUGUUAGGUGACAUGUUAAGCAGAGGCUGGAUAGUCAUCUGUCAUGGCUGCUUUAGCUGAGAUUCCUGCAUUUUAGGGGGUUGGACUAGAAAACCCUUGAGGUCCCUUCCAACUCUACAAUGCUAUGAUUCUAUGACAGCAAAAGUGCUAUGGUAGGAAUUCUUCACAAAUUUUUAAAAUUUGAAAGCAUGAUUUCCAGGUAAUAUUGUCUUGUUUCUUCUGCUUCAGUCGUAGGGCAGUGGAUGAAGAUGAACAGGCUGUUGAGGAGCACCAAAUUACACCCCUUAUAUGGAUGUCUGGACUGAAGGGUUUGACUGAGAUUGAAGCAGCUAAUCUUGUUGUGGAGGAGGCUAAAACUCUCUUAAAGGAGGACUUGGCUGCUUUGGGGGUGCAGUGGAACCCCAAUGCCUCUCUCUUAUCAGAUUCCUCUUCCACAUUUUCCCUAACAGGACAAGUUGAGGAAGAGGAAAAACAUAGACUGUGUGGGAAACAGAUAUCAAGAAAUAGCCAAAGUAUAAUUUCAUCAGACAAAAGUAUCAGUUCUCAAUCUGAUAGUGCAAAAUGGGUUAGACAAAAAAACAAGAGGUUGUUAGAUGCUAGUUUAGUAAUUGGCAGACUUGAAAAGACUCUGGUAGAUGAAACUAAGGGAGAGACAAGAAAUGAUGACGUAUGCUGUAGUGCAAGCAAACGGCUAAAUCUGAGAAAAGAUGGGGAAAGUAUGAGAGAUACCUCUGUGAAGCAAAAGUUGGAUUCCAUGAUAAGUACUGAACGGAGGACAAAGCCAGGCUUGAAAGCUACUUCAAAAAAACAUCAUGUUGCAGCUAGAUUUAAGAAAAAGGCUGGAAUUAAUUUAAAUCAAAGUAGGGAACAGAGCACAGUUGCAAAAUGGAGUAGGCCUUGGAGUCAAGAAUCAAGUUUCAACAAUCAUUUUCCGUCCUCCAGCGACAGCUGUGAGUCAAACCAGAAACAUCACCAAACUGUAACUAAAGGAUCAUUAGGCUACCAGGAAGGAAUUGACAAAAUAUCCCUACAGGCAAAUGAAAUAUACCAAGAUAGUGGGAAAACUGUGCACAAAUUCCUUAUAGAACCUAUACAUGCUAGUGAAUCCAAAUAUGAGUUAACACUGAAUAAUCACAUUAAAACACCCGCUUUGAAUUCAGUAGAGGGAGAUGCAGCUCCUGUUAAAGAUAAAAUGGAAAUGCAAGAUGUUAUGGACGAUCUGGUGAUAUCUGAUAAGAAAUUGAAUCUGAUAAGAAAUUGCAGCAAAUUGGAGCUCAGUAAAAACGGUGCUAGAAGCAUAAUUACUGAAAAUAAAAUGGACAGAGGUAGAAAUGUUUUUAAUGAAGCAGCAAGUGGCGCUAUCACAACAACAGGAAAUCAGCAAACAGCAGAGAGUUCUCGAAAAGCAGACAAAAAUGACCCUGGAAGAUUCAACCCCACCCUGGAAAAUGCAAGUACAGUUAUGGGUAAAGUGCAUAAUCACCCUGAUAAUGUUCUGAAGCCUUCUGAAUGCAUCAAAAGCUGUUCUCCUGAUCUGUAUUUUGUCUUCAAAGAAUUUGAAGAAAGCUUCCAGUUAGAUACGCAAACUGAGAGGAUAUUGCAACAGGAGGUGGCAGCUACAGUAGCUGAUAAACAAAAAGACUUAGUAGCAGAUUCAGCACUGAAAAUAAAGUGUGCUAGUACUUCAGAAACUAAUGCUGCAUAUAUAAUGGAUAAGCUAGCGUGCAGAAAAGCAGAACCGUUACCUGUUAAAAAAACUGAUGUAGCAGGAAACACAGCUUUAUUGCAUUGUAAAGCAAAAGGCGCUCACAAAAAGCCUAUGAAAUACCCAGAAAUACCAUUUUGCCUUGAAAGAAACAGUUUUUCUGUUAUGGACUCCCAGUUAGAAAGCUUCUUACGAGACUAUCGGACUCCAAAUCUGGCAGAAGAGCAGGAAACUAUUGUUCUUUCAAAGGCUUCCUUUGCUCCUAAUCAGUGCCCACCUGCUGUCGAUGCAAAUGCCAAGGGCUGUCCUUUGCCUGAAAUAAAUUUGAAUAGCAGUGACAGUUUGUUGUUUGAUGAAGACUUUAACCAUAUUAAUGACCCUCAGGAUGUUCACAUUGGUGAAGCUGUUGCCAUGGGAGAACUUCCACUGCAGCAAAUUAUCCCUGCUCCUUUCAAAUCCACUUUAGAAGCUGAUCUUCCAGGUGUACAGAAUGUGGGGCCAGGCAACGGUGUAUCAAAUACCACUAUAAACCAGCAGCGACUGACAGAGUAUCAUGAGGAUGACUCUCUAAUGUUCUCAGAUGCUGAUUCUUUCCACAUAGCAGAAGUGAGAGAUGGUGAGUCCGUGCCUUGUUUUCACAGAAACGUUCUCAACAAGCUGAAAAAUGUGAAAGAGGCAGAUGAUGAUGUCAGACCUGAGAUUACUGGAAAAGAUGCAAAUGCUAACCAAGUGGGAAAGUGUGAUUUUUUAUUUGAUUUAAGUCCAGGAAUGAAAGAAGUCUUAGAUGAAUGGCCAAGCCCCACUGGAAAUAAACCUGAAAUGGAUACAAGAAGCAAUUUGAGAGUAGUGCUAUCUGAGAAAAAUCAGGAUUCUGCCCUAUCCUGUGGUCAGUGCAAAUUUCACAAAGAUUUUAAGAGCAUGGAUGAUCAGAGUAAGACCUGUGGCUCUUUACUAAUCAACAGAAAAGGUAGUUCCAUUUCUUGGACAGAUGGGAACAAGGAACCUCUUUCUCCAGCAGAGUUCAUGGAGCUUCCUUCACAGGAACAAUGCUUUGUGACACAUGCUGAAGCCAGAAAUAUGAACCCCACAGACAAAGCUCCUUGUCUUCAGCUCCUGCAGAACGCUUCACUUGAUUCACCCCCGCAAACAAAACCAGAAAAUGGCAGACAUGCUGAGUUUCCAUCUGAGGAUGACUCUAUUAUAAUUGAAGGUUUUUCACUGCAGUUAUCUCAAGAUCUACCAUCCUGCAGUGCUGAAAAUUUUGCUAUAAUUGAUGUAGCGAAUGAUAAGGCUCUUUUCCAAACCUUCAUUAAAGAAUGGAGCACGAAAAAGAGAUUUGCUAUCUCGGUGGCUUGUGAAAGAGCAAAAGGCCCCCUUUCCCACAGAUCAGCUAUUGGUGCCAAGUUCAAGCAAGGUGAGUUUUCCCCCUGUGCUCCUUCCAUUAUUUUAGAAAUGUAUAUUCUAGACAUUUUACUCUGGACUUAGUAAAGUGGCAAGUGGCCCUAUAUCUGAAAGAUAAUCUACAGAUUGAUCUGAAUCUGGGAAGGAAACAGAGUUUAUAUUCUAAUGUAUAUUCAGUGGUUCCAAGUAGGAAGAAGGCAUAUGCCUAGUUUUAGUAGCAAAAAGUCACUUGGAGAUACCAAAGACGACAAAUACGGAUUCUUCGCUGGUUAAUGAGAAAUUGCAUAUAAUGUUUCCUCUCCACAGUUUCUUAUGCCAUUUAGUGACAAAGGUUCGGCUAUCAUGGUUCAUGGAUUUAUAGGUUAUAGAAAGCACUGAGUUUGUUACAUUGAAAUCGAAUCAUACAAUACAGUAUACAGUCGUACCUUGGUUUUUGAGCAGCUUAGUUCUUGAAAGUUUUGACUCCUGAAUGCCGCAAACCUGGAUAUGACUGUUCCAGUUUGCAAACUAUUUUCGGGGCUUCCGAAGCUUUCUGAAGCCAAUCACUAGCUGUGCUUUGGUUUCCGAAUGUUUUGGAAGUUGAAUGGACUUCCAGAACAGAUUCCGUUCUACUUCCAAGGUACAACUAUAUAUAUAUAUCUGUCAUUUAACAUGUGGCCCAAAGAACCAUGACUGUUGCACUGACUUCAAGCUCUACUUUUCUGCUGGGAAUGGCUAGUAGGGAGCUUGAAGUCAGUGCCUAUCAGCUGAUCAAUAACUACUACAAGUCUUCCUUGACAGUGCAACAUUUGGAACACACUUCAAGACUCCCAGUUGUCAGCCUUGUUUCCACAAGCCCUCACAUGAUAUCACAGAUGAUGUCAGGUUUGGGGCAGGUGGGUUUGGGAGAAACUGCCCUGCAAGCUACAUUGGGACCCUAAUCAGGUCUGCAGGCCAAAGGUUCACCUACUGUUAUCAUAAAGAUAAUUUAAAAAGCAGGAAUGGAAAGUAUGCUUUGCGCACAAUUUGCAGGAACUUCAGGGGGUCUAACAGAUUUUAAUCUUUGUGUGUUCAUAGGGAACGUGCACCAGGAGAUUCAAUAUGAAGGUGAUGGAUUUCCUGUUACAGCCUGUGAAGACCUGCUGGUAGUUGGAUUAGCUGUGUGUUGGGGUGGAAAGGAUGCUUAUUACAUUUCAUUGCAACAGAAAUCUCAAGAACAGACUGGUAAGCAAGUGUUUUCUAAAGGAAUGCACUUUAGAGAAGCCUAUGCGUAGCAUCUUGCUGCCUUCCCAAAUCCAUGUUAAUGAAAUUAUAAAGUAUUGUUUUAUCCAUAAGAGUGGCAGUUAUGGUUUAUCUGGACAGAGAACAAUCACAGAAUACUGACGAAAGGUGCAGCUUUUCUGAGGGAUGGCAGAGCUUGGAUUGCUUGGGGGUAAAAAAUCUCACAUAGGAUUCCAGCAGGAAAAGAUUUAACUGAGUUUGGGAUGCAGCCUUGUGUAAGGUGCAAGUGGGGAAGCUGAUGGCUGGGAGUUCAGAUCCAUGGGAAGAAGUAACAUACUUCUGAGAAAAGACCAAACGGCACAGGUGGGAAUGGUAGAGAACUGGGGAAAGAUGGAAGAAUAAGGCGUGAGGUUUAAAGCCUAUGAAUAAGGAUGGUGGUGCUGUGCUCUUAAUGCGAAUGGAAGGUAUAAUGGGAGCUGGAGACUGCGAGUAAGAGAGCCAAGAGGCAAGGGUGAUUUUUAUACUGCCCUGUACAAGGAAAAACAAUGUAUGUAUAGGCAUACACUCUUCCCCCCUCUUUCCCCCCAUGGGUCCUUGUCAUAAUACUUAAAUAAGAUGGUUUCUCUGUUGUUUUAGAAAUCAGUGCCAGUUUGGAACCGCCUCCCCUGGAUCAGAACUUGGCUGCAGCAGAGAGGUUGCAGCAUCUUCAAUUACACCUGCAGGAUUCCACAAGAGCGUUUUCGCUUGCUGUGUAUGAUUUCAUUCAUCACUACAAGAUCCUCCUGAAGGCCUGUGGCAUCUCUUUGGCAGGAUGCUAUGAGGACCCAAAGGUUUUAUAGCUAACCCUUUUUCUGUCUUCUCAAUCAAUCAAUCUUUAUUAUGGUCCAGAGACCCAACAAAUCGAUACAAAGCAAUGCACAAUUCAGACAGCCUACCUAUAUCUGUAAAGUAGGAGUGAUGUUUAAAAUCAAUGUUUAAAUCCCCCAGCAAUUGCCAGAAAUAGAACUUAUAAGUUCCUGUCUUUGGGGAGGGGCGCACAUACAUAUACCCAAAUCUUGUUGCAUUCUUGGGGGGGACGGAGAACGCUUUUUGAGUUAAGUGUGCUUUGCACUUCCCUCAUUCUAGGUGGCGUGCUGGCUGUUGGAUCCUGAGUCUAAAGAACGCUCCCUUCACAACAUGGUCACCAAUUUCCUUCCUCAGGAAUUGUUCUUGCUGGACAAACUUGGAGCAGGCCAAGGGUGUCAGAGUCUGGGGCUCAGCGCCAGCGCAGAUCAUUCUGGACGAUACAGAGCAGCUGUGGAGUCUGUUCUUGUCUUUCAUAUUAUGGAGCAUCUCAAUACUCUGUUGCAUAAAGAUAACUUGCAAGGUGAGAAGGCUAAGAGCUUACCCCAUGGGUGGUAUUUAACUAAGUUUUACUCAGAGUAGAGCUAUUAAUAUUAAUGCACCUAACUUAGCCAUGUUCAUUAAUGUCAAUUCACUUAGUUAAAUACCACCCUAUGAAUUAAGUUUAAAGUACGCUAGUCUCCAGUUGAAUUUCAGACACAUGUUAGAAAAUCUAAAAACCUUAUACGCUGUAGUGUGAAAUUGUUUGUUUUUUGCUAUGAUUAAACAUGUUUGGAAAGUGACAGAAUACCAGUACUUUUUACUAAUGAGAAACAGAUUUUCACACGUGACAAUGAACUCUCGCCCCCCCCCCCAAUUUUCUUUUUGCAACACAGUCCUUUUUUGUAAUUGUGAUGCCCUGAACCUUGGGUGCAAGAAGUGUGACUUUGGCAAUACAAACAAUGAAUGAUUAUGAUUCAAUAGGUACAUUUUCAUAGACUUUUAGAAUUGUAGAGUUGGAAGGGACCACAAGGGCCAUCUUGUCCAACCCCCUUCAAUGCAGGAAUCUUUUCCCAGGGUGGAGCUCGAACCCAUGUCCCUGAGAUUAAGAGUCUCAUGCUCUACUGACAUUUCGUUUGUUGCCAGUAUGAAACCUUCUCAGGCGUGAUAGGCCUCUAACUCUAGCUGUCUUGCUUUCAAUUCCUUGACCCACAAAUUCUUAUUCACUCUGCACUCUGCAGAUACUCUUUGUGCAACCUAUUAUUAAGAGCUACUGAGAAUGUUAGUGGGGUGGAGUGGAGGGGUAAUUGGUGCAGGCACCAUCAUCUUUUAUUAUUAUUAUUAUGAAUUCAAGUAAUUCUCUUCCGUCAUUGUGUGUUUUGUGACACUGAACGAAUGUUGUCUUUUGCCUCAUUUGUCACUGUGUACCACAGAUACUUUUCGUAAAGUGGAGAUGCCAAAUCAAUAUUGCCUGGCCUUGCUGGAGCUCAACGGUAUCGGAUUUAGCACAGUUGAGUGUGAGACGCAGAAACAUGUCAUGGAAGCGAAACUCAACGAGAUUGAGAAUCGGAUAUAUCAGCUGGCAGGUCACAGUUUCUCCUUGACCUGUCCUGAUGACAUUGCUGAGGUACUGAACACAUGGCCCCUUUCAAUAGAGUGAGCCCUGUCCUUAUUGUGAUCAGUGGGAGAAAACUGAUAAAACAAAUCCACCAGUGAAAUUUUGAGUGGGUUAAAGUUGCCGUCCUUCAAUUGGCCAGAGUGCUGGUUCCUUCUGAUGAGAGGCUGUUCUCAACACAUCGUGGGUGGAAUUCAAUGUUUUGCUAAGGCAAUAAUUGCAUCAGUGCAAGCAUUCCUGGAAUGAUGUUCCAUCUCUCCCCGCCCCAGCCUCGUUGUCCUGUUCCAGGGGUUCUCCUGAUCUCCCUAUGCCAGUUGGGGGGCGGGGAUGUGCUGAGGGAAGAGGGUGGAGGGAACGCCCCGUUGCACUAGUAGGACUUCUUCAUCUGAGUCCAGAGAGAGACUAGAGAGACACACAGACUCUAAACUUCCAAUAAAAAAUUAAAUCAGCAGCUGCCAUUAUUUGCGUCAUUUUAGUUAAAGUGUUCUUAAUAUUUUCUGCAGAAAAUGAAGGGUCAGAUUCUGUUUAACUGCUCAUUCUUACUUAACUAACUUCUCCUUAAUUACCUCAUUAUUAUUAUUAUUAUUAAUUUAAUUUAUAUACUGCCCUAUACCCAAAGGUCUCGGGGCAGUUCACAGAACAAAAUCAGAAUAUAAAACCACAAAAUACACAAUCAAAAUAAAAACAACAACCCAAUACCCCCUCAAAGCCCCACAUGUUAAAAGGGCAUAGGAUGUCAAUCAAAUAAACCAAAGGCCUGGUUAAAAAGGAACGUUUUUGCCUGGUGCCUAAAGGUGUUUGGUUACAAAGUUGGUUUUUUAAAAAUCCAAUAUUGGUAAAAUGGGAGUUUGUGGCCUCGCAGAGGUUGUUGGCUAAUGGAUUGGCUACAAUCUCAGUUAAUUGUAGCGUAAGAAGUAGGCAUGGAAAGGAGAAGUUGUCUAAGCCCCAAGAAAAUGGCAAGAUUCCAUUGACUGAAUUUAUUACCUCUUUCAGGUGCUGUUUUUGGAGCAGAAGUUGCCAUUCAAUGGAGAAUCAAAAGUGCAAAGGGGCAAGAAAACAUUAGGUUACACUGGAAGGAAAAUAGCAAAUGGAAAAAUUGCCAAAUUAGGCAAGCAAUUCAGUACAACCAAGGUAUAUUGUUUGUGUGCAACCCCUGGAGAAGCAUCCUUUCUAGCCUAUGUGUGAUUGUGGGAAGCUAAUCAUUCAUAAAAACCCACUGGUGGUACCUCGGGUUAAGAACUUACCGUAUUUUUCGUUCUAUAGGACGCACCGGCCCAUAGGACGCACCUCGUUUUUUUGGGGGGGGGGGAAAUGAAUAAAAAAAAUUAUUCUUCCCCCCCCCCAGCUGCCGCCCCAAGCCUCGCGUGCUUCGGGCUGCAGGCUACCGCCCCAAGCCUCGCGCGCCGGCGGGACCUCCCACCGGGCGCGCGAGGCUUGCAGACACUCGCCCGAAGCACGGGAGUCCUCCGGAGGGCUCCCGUGCUUCGGGCGACAGGCUGCCGCCCCAAGCCUUGCGCGCUCGGCGGGACCUCCUGCCGGGCGCGCUAGGCUUGCAGACACUCGCCCGAAGCACGGGGAGCCCUCCGGAGGGCUCCCCAUGCUUCGGGCGACAAGCUGCAGCCCCAAGCCUUGCGCGCUCGGCGAGAUCUCCUGCCGGGCGCGCAAGGCUUGCGGACACUCGCCGGGGCUGCAGGCUGCUGCCUGCAAGCCUUGUGAGCCCGCGGGAACUCCCACCGGGCUUGCAAGGCUUGCGGAUAGCUUCCUGAAGCCUGGAGAGCGAGAGGGUCGGUGCGCACCGAUGCCUCUCGCUCUCCAGGCUUCAGCGAGCUCUGCAUUCGCUCCAUAGGACGCACACACAUUUCCCCUUCAUUUUUGGAGGGGAAAAAGUGCGUCCUAUGGAGCGAAAAAUACGGUAAUUCGUUCUGGAGGUCUGUUCUUAACCUGAAACUGUUCUUAACCUGAAGCACCACUUUAGUUAAUGGGGCCUCCUGCUGCUGCCGCGUCGCCGGAACACGAUUUCUGUUCUCAACCUGAAGCAAAGUUCUUAACCCGAGGUACUAUUUCUGGGUUAGCGGAGUCUGUAACCUGAAGCAUCUGUAACCCGAGGUACCACUGUAUGUUUCACAAUUGCUAGUUUUGCAUAAGUGAUGUCCACACAAAAAUCAAGUUGCCUACUUCAAUUUCAGCGCAUUACUGUUGUGUUACCUGACUCAGUAUUAUCAAUUCCAUGCAUUACUUAAAGGCCUCAGAUGUUUUCGCCCGUGAGCUGUACUAACUGCAGCUCACCGUAGCAACCAUGCCUAACUGGUCUUCAUAGAAUCCUAGAAUUGUAGGGUUGGAAAUGACCGCAAAGGUCACCUAGCCCAACCCCAAUCUGCUUGAUCCUUUCAAAAAUGUUUACUAAGCCAGUGCCUAUGACGCAUUAUUGUGGCAGCGAAUUCCAUUCAACAUUGCACUAAGGCAAUUGUUCAGCCAGGAAAAGCAUUUUUGGCUUCCUGCCUUGGGAUGAGAAGACAAGUUUGCUUAGGGCUUUCUGUAAGCCUUAAGGGGGAAAGGUCCAAGAAGAGAAAAGGCAGUAAACAAUAAGAGAGAGGGGCUCGUUGACCUUUCCCAUCAUCUCCCAACCCACUCCCUAUGUGCUAGGAGGUCUCUUUUCUCCAAGCGUCACAAUGGCUCUGCUUUGUCAUCUUCUGUCCCGUCUACGGCAGAGUCAAAGCAGAAAAGAAAGGAGGUCCUUGGUACAGGACUCCCGGUACCAUGCUUGCCUGGCUGUACCCUCAUAUAGCCCAGAAUAUUUUUCAAGGGUUGUUCCCUAUGUUACAAAGAAUCAGUGUGAAAGACAGCAAACUGACUUGUGCCACGGUUAAUUUCCAUAGGAUGUUCUGGAGAAACUGAGGGCCUUGCACCCAUUGCCAGGCCUGAUUUUAGAAUGGAGGAAGAUCACCAAUGCCAUGACCAAAGUGGUGUUUCCACUGCAGAGGGAGAAGCGUUUAAACCCUGUGCUGCGCAUGGAACGGAUCUAUCCUGUUUCUCAGACUCACAGUGCUACAGGUAGCAGGUGCUUUUUACAUCGGAAGGUAUCUCCUUGGUGGUUUAUCAACGUAUGACUGAAAAAGAACCAGGAAGGCUAGCGCAUGGUCCAAAGGAAUCAUGGAAGCUUUGCGGUUUUGUCUGACGGCACUUGUUGCGGGAAAGAUCACUCAUUGAUUGAGUGUCCCUAGAGCAGGAAUGUGGAACUGGUUCAAGCUGCGGGACCACAUCCAGAACUGGCCCAACCUCCACAGGCUAUUUUGGCAGCUUGGAAGGACUGCCCACCUGGCAAAUCCCAGAAGCAUGCAGAGGUUUCUUCCCCAUCUUUGCGCUGUGGUGCUUCAUGUUAAUAUUGGAGAUCAGAUACCUCUGUGCCUGAUGUCAGGUGGCUAACAGGCAUGUAUGGUUUAUUCAGAUGGCCUUGUGGGCCAAAUUCAGAGGGCUGGUGGACCUAUUUGGGUCUGCAGACUGGAGCUUCACCACCAUUGUCCUGUGGUUACAUUUUUUUUUAAUUACUGAAAUGCCCUCCUGCUACUUUGAGGCCUCCUUGCCUGACUGCUGAACUCACUCUGCUCUUAACUAAGCCUCUUUUUCUGAGCUGUCCUACUAGCUAGAUCUGUAUUGUGUGGAACUGUAUAUUAGUGCAGUUUUCUUUUUACCCUUUCUCCAAAAUUUCCUUGUUUACUGUAGCCCCUGAAGCUUGCUGUCUUGGGUAAAAUUGAAAGCUCGGUUUCUACAGGCUUACGGAGGAUGUAGCCCCUGAGCUAUAUAGGAUUUAGCUCCUUGAACACAGUUCCAUUGCUGUGCCCUUGUUGGUCAAAUCUGAUGCUUAAAAAAAUUAUUGAAAUGGGUGUUACUUAUCCCCCAGUCACUUGGCUGCUUAACUUGCCAGUUGGCUUGAUGCUUUGUCACCUCAUGGAGUGAGCUUCUUCACUGAACUCUUUUUAAAUUUGCAUCAUAUGUGUUCCAUGUAAACACUAGAAUUUUGAAAUGUACUAAUUGAGCACCAUCUUUUAAAGAGUACUUUGUUCUGCAAAACUGGAAGCUUGUUGGUCCACUCUGCUUUGUCUUCUGCUUUUGCAGUUCAGCAUUUAGUGCUUUAGUUUUAGCUUCAGUAUUCCUUCAGGCGUCUGCUGUGUUGCAACAUACUGCCUGUCUUUUCACCUUCGCACCACGUUUGCUUUUAGGCCGUAUAAGCUUCAGGGAACCAAAUAUACAGAAUGUGCCAAAAGACUUUGAAAUUGAAAUGCCAACCAUGGUUGAAGAGAGCCCACCUUCCCAGAAGGAACACAAUGCGUUCAGUUUACUCAGAAGCAGGUAAAGUUUUCUCAUCUAUUUUUUUUUAUAUCAGCUGUCAGAUUUUUUCUGAUACAUUCCUGAAAAGACCAGAAUGUAUCAAAGUUAGGGUGCCUUUUUUCCACCAUGAAACUGAAGGUGGCUUGCAUUGAGUUCCCAGAACGUCUUCCAUCAAAGCAUUAAUUACACUGGCUUGACAUUAGCAAGGUGGCUGCAUCUUGUCCCCUUUGAACAUGUCUUGGCUCUAUAGUUAAUACAGGAGCUGCUGGCAGGAAACAUAAGGAAUAAUCUGUAAACUGAUGUGGUUGUGGAGUUUGCUUAACUGCCUGCAUUUGCACAUUGCCACACUUGCAUUUAUAAACAAAAAAUGACAAUUUUUGGUGCAUUGUUUUGUUCUUUCCCAUAGUAUAUUAUUUUAUUUAUUAAAUUUGUAUACCACCCUUCAUCCGAUGAUCACUGGGUGCUUUACAGCAUAAAAAUACAAAAUGAAAACACAAAAUAAGUAACAAAAACAAACCAAUACCCCCCCCCACAAAUACAUUUAAAAAUCUGUUGAUUUGUCAAAUCAGCUAUUGGCCAGGUUACAGAGGGGCAUUUUCGCCUGGCGCCAAAAGACAUGUAAUGAAGGCGCCAGGGGAGCCUCCCUGGAGGGAGCAUUCCUCAGAAAAGGCCUGUUCUCAUGUUGCCGCCCUCCAGAACUCUUGUGGAAGGGGCAUACAAAUAAGGUAUGGCUAUAGCAUCUAAUUAUUCAAAAACCUAAUCUUUAGGUAAAUAUACAGGAAAAGCCAACUGGGUUGAGGUUUGUACAAGUACUCUCUAAAACGAAGGCCAUCAAGGUAGAUAUUUUCCCACUUAGAAUCGCUGUGAUAUGUACACCUUGCAAAGUGUCACCAAAACCUCACGUCCUGAAACUGCAGGAUGUACAUGAAAUUCAUGUGCCUACUGCCAAGGCCAGAGAUGGCACAUCACAAUAAGUACAUAAGUACUGUAACAUCUUAUUGGAACCCUAUUGGGAAUGAAAAGAAGUUUGUGUGUGUGGAGUGUUGUAUAAAAAUGAAGAUGAGAAAAAACUUUGAAGUAUCUGAAUAGAUGCAUUUUUAAAUAAUUAUUUGCUUGGCUCUAAAUGUCCAACCUUACAAGCCAGACCUAUCAAGCAACAAAACCCACCCUCUAGAAAUUACUGCUUGACUAGCCUAUUGCAUGCAAACCAGAGUAACAGUCAGCCAUAAAUAUGAUGUUAUUUUGUAUUUACCUGCUACAGAUAUUAGAUUUAACCCUGCUGUUUGGUUUAACAUUGUGUGUCUUACAGAAGUCAAUUAGAUGCCAGUUAUUUAUUUUACAGAUGGAGAAAGCAUUCUGUGCUACCACAUGGACAAAGGAGUCUUGCUGAACCCAGUGGGGGGAAAGUACCAUUUUCUGUUAGCAUGAGGCAUGCCUUUGUGCCUUUUCCAGGUAACACCUUGAGAAUUGCCUCAUUAUAGAGCUAAAAAGUAGAAGAGGGAUAUGCAGAAUUGAGCAAUUAUAUUGUGCUGACACAAUGAGCCUAUUCAGACCCAAUGGCAACCAAGGUUUGAUGUUACAUGAACAAGCCUGAGAAAACUUGGCAGCAGCAUGUACUGCUGCCUCUUCUUAUGCGCCACUCCGUCAUUGUUUGAAGGAAAUCAUAGUUUAUUAGCUUUUUCUGAAAUGGGCAAACUAUGGUUGGUACUUUUCAUCAAACCAAGAUCGCAAACCAGAGCUUAUUGUCCUGGUUUGCAUGGGGUUGCCAUAUUUCAAAAAGUAAAAACCAGGACACCCCAAAGGUUGUUGAUUGACUUGCCUAAGAUCCGGGACAAAGCGCCGCCUUACAGAAAUUCCCCCUGGACGUCAAUUCCACCUUUGAAAUCCUGGUAAUGUCUGGGAAAACCCAGACGUAUGGCGACCCUAGGUUUGCAGACAAAAACAUACCAUAGUUUGCACAUUCAGAUGAAGUGGCAUGGUAUUGUAGCGACAAGGCUCCUUAGUCGUCAUGUUUUGGCAUUGCAUCUGAAGAAGCUCAGUGUUUUCAAAGAAAGUAUGCAAAAUGGUUCUUUACAGACCUAAUAAGAAACCAUGGUUUCCUGCUUUGUGAAUGAGUUGGACCGACCUUGGGCUCCUGCACUUGCCCUUCCUUUCUCAUAUUUCAAGGGUGCAAGUAAGAAAUCAGGAGCAUUUGCUUCCAUUUCCAAACAAAUCAGAAUCCCAUGUUUGAGGAUCUCUUGAAUGAACAAUAAUUUCAAAGAAGGAACCUGUUUUACUACCUGAAAUAAAUGUCCACUUUAGGAAUUAUUCUGUUUUAUUGGCUGCAGGAGGGUUGAUCUUGGCAGCUGAUUAUUCCCAGCUUGAGCUGAGGAUCCUGGCUCACUUGUGCAGUGAUCGGCGGCUUCUCCAGGUCUUAAAUGAAGGUUCUGAUGUGUUCAAAAGCAUUGCUGCCGAGUGGAAGAUGAUUGACUCUGAAGCAGUUGGGGAUGAUUUAAGGCAACAAGCCAAGCAGGUAACUUACGGAAACAUCUAGAAUUCUUGGAACAUUUUCAUAUAAUUGAAUGAUAGUGGGUUUUGAAAUAAGUUGUACAGGCUGAGGGAUGGAUUCAACUAAAUAGCAAAUGAGCAAACUCUGGCAUAUUGAAUGUUUUAAAUUUGUGUCCUUUGUUGCUUUGUGAAGAUUGUGCCUUAUUCUAAUAAACAAACCUCAUUUAUAAGUAAUCCAACAGUUUUUCUCGCACUUUAGUCCCCUUGGUUGUAGAGUAUACUCUAGAAUUAAAAUUAAAAUUGCAUUAUUUUUCUAGAUUUGUUAUGGAAUAAUAUAUGGAAUAGGAGCGAAAUCUUUAGGAGAGCAGAUGGGUGUUGAGGAAAAAGAUGCCUCCUGCUACAUUGACUCCUUCAAAUCAAGAUACUCAGGUAAAUAUUGCUAGCAUCUGAUUGUCUGGGCUUUUUGGCAUAAUUAACUGAUUAAAAAUAUCCAGCAUAUAGUGAGUUGUGUAAAUCUCUUUGCCUAUGCUUUUUGUAACCUUUUUGGUGUUGGUUUAAAAGGGAGUUCAAGCUACUGAGCCAAGAGCUUACCUUACAUAAACCCUUAAGAGUUGUGGCAACUUGGAGUUCUGUGUAUUAUCCAAAAUGCAAAAUGAAACGCUAUGAAUGUACCAUGUUUUAACUUGCAGUGGUCUGUAGACUGCAGAAUUGGAUAGCAGAAGAAAAUAAAACACUGGCGUGUGACUGAGCAAAGUUUCGGGGUCAUUGAAUCCCCUUGAUGGAGUGAGCUCCCGUUGCUUUGUCCCAGCUCCUGCCAACCUAGCAGUUCGAAAGCACACCAGUGCAAGUUGAUAAAUAGGUACCACUGUGGCAGGAAGGUAAAUGGUGUUUCUGUGCGCUCUAGCUUCUGUCACGGUGUUCCAUUGCGCCAGAAGUGGUUUAGUCCUGCUGGCUGAAUGACCUGGAAAGCUGUCUGUGGAUAAACGCUGGCUCCCUCGGCCUGAAAGCGAGAUGAGCGCCACAACCCUUUGCCUCUGCCUGGAUUAAUUGUCCAGGGCUCCUUUACUGCAUGUAUGCUGCCUUAAACUUCAUGAUGGAAGGAAGAUGGGAUAGAAAUGUAAUAAACAAAACAGCAAAGAAGGCUGUACAUCCACUGUUGAUUUGCACGUUUCCACAAUCUUGCAGCUGAAAUGUAAAAUAGAACAACAUAAUAAAUCAGGAAGAGUUUCCUUGUAUCUUCUUUUCCUUUCUUAAGCUGAUGGGAAAGGGAAGUUCUGAACAUAUAGACACCCAAGCAUGGAAGUGCCUGUAUGAAAUGUCAGCAUAUACACAGAAUUAACUAGAGCAGUGUUGAAUAUUUUGAUUGAACUGGAAGUUGCACAACACUGUUUCUUUUUUUAAAUAGGUAUUCAGAAAUUCCUGAGAGAAACAGUCAGGAAGUGCAGCAGAGAUGGGUUUGUGCAGACAAUCAUGGGGCGGCGUAGAUACCUGCCAGCAAUUAAGGACUCAAAUCCUUACAGAAAGGCUCAGGUAUGCAAAGAAGUGUUUUUUUCAGCUGCUAAAAUCUAGCUGAGCAGGGAGAUCCAUUGAGCUAGCUGAGUUUUACUCUCCCCCCAGUGAUAUUGACUUUGGUCAUAUAUUACUGUGCCCAUUCAAUCUAAGAUGAGCCAGCUUAAAUUUAGUUUGCACAUUUCUUGUGCCUGUUGGAUCUCCUUUUUACUGGAGAUUUCAAGGACCAAGGUGCCCUCAACUGUCUUACUGAAACUGCAAGCAAUACCAGAAGAAUAUAGCAGUUUUCCAUAGCUGCUCCUAACAUUUCCUUCUGAAACUUCAGAAUCCACUGCUCUGUUUUUAACUAGUUGUGCAUUGCAACUGAGCAGGGAUUGGAGGGUCUGUGCGAAGCUGAAGGUUACUUUUGGGAUUCUUGCUUUCUGCAAGGCUUUCCUUCCCAUCUGUUCUCUCCCUGCUUUUGACCCAUUCACUCAGGCUUGAGAUGUGGAAGGAAGACUAGACAGUUGCAAUUUCCUCAAAACUUCUGUACCUUCUAUUCCUCCUUUUAGGGGUUCAGGCUGUCCACUUCAGAAACUCUGCACUGAAAAGAUUUGUUGUUGUUGGGGAGGGGAAGUUAGCUUCUUCUUCUAAGUCAUUUUGUAACUUUAGGCAGAGAGGCAAGCUGUGAAUACUGUUGUCCAGGGCUCUGCAGCGGAUAUUGUCAAAACAGCCACAGUGAAUAUUCAGGCUCAGCUGGAAUCUUUCCCUUCAGCAGUAAAAUCUUAUGGACACUUGGAGAGCUCAUUCCAAAAAAGACAAACGGGUAUGUUUUCUCCUCUGGCUUUGUAUUUGGUAGCAAAUGCUCCCCAUCUAAAAAUGUUACUGGGUGGGGGAUAAAUAGUCAGUGUUCUCUUCUGAGAGCCUCCUCUUCGUAUGAAACAGCUGGAUUUGGGCUGCAUGUAUGCCCGUAAAAUUAUUUCAAAUUCCCAAGUCACCAUGAUUUCCCAGUGCUCAUUUACAUUUUCCUGAUCCCUUGAGCAAGGUUUUGAGGACUUUGAAGAAAUUGAGGUAUGAGGAACUCGUGGGUUAGACCCUACUUUUUUCUUUUUCCUUUCUCAUCCUGUGAUGAGGCUGCAUUUUAAUAUUUUAAUGUUUGAAUAUUUCAAUCUUGUUUUUAAGUUGUAUUCAUUCAACUUGUUUUUAUUAUUGCUUGUUAGCCGCCCUGAGCCCGGCCUUGGCUGGGGAGGGCGGGGUAUAAAUAAAAAUUAAUUACUUCUUCAUCAGAUAAAAGACUCUAAUGCUCACGUGGCUUGUUGUAUUAGAGGCGAUGACAUUAGCCAAGAAAAAUGGAUUUUUCUUAAAUUACAGCAGCAAGGGCACUCAUUCAUGAUUUAUUUCAUUUAUGAUUCUAUGCAAGGGACAGCAUCAACUUUGAAAACAGCUUUCUAAUGUUAGAAAGUGCUGUAGGUAAAACAAGUAGAAUUUUACCUUUUAUUUUUAUCUAGCAUUGUGGAAAAAAACAAAGAAAGAAAUAAACUUUGCAGAACAGACAUUUAUUUAGGGGCUGCAAUAACGUUUGACGCCUGCAAGAGUGAAUAUUUUGAGAAUAGGUAAUACUUUUUCAUCAUGUUCAAAUAUACUUGAAAACGGCAGUAAAAUGAUAACCAAAUGACUCCUGAAAAGCUUCAUGAUAUAUAUGAUAAAUGUUGGAAAUGUAGCAGCUUUAUCCAUGUAGUGGCUGUGUAACAAAGCAAAGGACUUUUGGUUUCAAAAUACAGAAAACAAUGAAACUACAAUUAAAUCUUGAUGCUGCUUUGUUCUUGUUAAUUAAUGCAAGUACCUGUACAAUAAGAAGAACUAAUAUUCUAUAUGAUUGUUGCAGUCUAAGAAUAUAUUUAUUUUCCCCACCCAUCUGACUGGGUUUAUGCUAGUCGUUGGGAAAACGACUCAAAUCCCACUUGGAAUGGGAACAAAAAAUGUACAAUACACAGUUAUGGCCAAAUUUACAAGCUAUUUUAAGACUGAAAGGUGGAGGCAGAAUUAAACAGAAUGAAUUGAACACUGGCAUUACAAACACAUGAUUUUCCCAGAUGCAAAGAUAUUUGAUACAAAAUAUAACAAAUUAUGAAUAAUAUACUUUCCGUUUUUCUUAAUUUUUAGAAACAUUCUUAUAUAAAACUAAAUAUUAUUUAAAAACUUAGAAGAGGAAUGAGAUAUUAUCCAAUACAGGAACAGAAAUACUAAGGAAAUAGAAAUGCUAGAGCAAUAAAGAAGUAAAGCCAUCACAAUUAUAUAUUUUUCUUCAAAUUCUUUUUUAUUCAGUUUUACACUAUACAUUUGAAUUCAAACAUUAGUCAUAACCAUCAACAUUUAGGAUUCCCCGAAUCCUUAGACUUCCCUCCCCCCCUCCGUGGUUUCCAAUAUCAAGCUAUUUCCACUGCAUCUUAUAUUUUAUCUCUCUCUCUUAAAACAAUCCAUUUUUACCUUCAUUUUUAGUACAUCAACAAGCGUUACUCAAAUCCUGCCCAAGUUUUUAGUUGUUUACAGGCCAUAACAAUUAUAUAGCAAUACAGAACAAAUACAAAUAAUGUCUUUAGGUACUUGUGAAUUUGUAUAGCUCUUACCAUAAGCAUUAUUGAAGUCAUUGUUUAGGUUUCAUUCUGCCUAGGAAAACCAGAGAGGAUGGAAAAGAGGAAGAUGAUACAUUCCGUACCUGGAGGUUUCUUCAUUCUCCAGCUGCAUGAUGAGCUUCUGUAUGAGGUUGCAGAAGACAGCCUGAUUCAGGUAGGAGGAAUUGGUUUUACUGAAAACUGGGGAGUGCAUCCCUCUAAUAGAAUGUGGCUGGUGUGUUUGUUCACAGGGUGGAUAAAAAUCAAAAUAUAUUUUUCCCAUUUAAAUCAGAUUUUUAAAAUAAAACAUUUUGGAGGAAAAAUCUUUCUAUUUAAAUUACAUUAUAGUCCAAAGGCUAUUCAUCAGGAAAUAAGGAUUUGUUUUAAGCUUUUCAUGUGUGCUAAAACUCAGUUAAUUGUUUAACCGCAUCAAUUAACAAACAUGGAGACAUAUGCUAUAAUGUUAUUGUUUUAGUUAAAUAAUUUGUUAUUAAGGAAAUGAUUGUCUCCUUCUAGUAAAGUACAGCAGAAAAGUUGUCCUAACAUAAACAGUUAACUUAUUAAACCUCACAAUAAUUUCAUAAUGACCUGUCUAUGUAUUUCUAAUAGUAUAACCAAAUCAGUAAUUUUUGAUAUAACUACUCUGAAAAUUAAUUAUUCCAAAAAUGAAACCUUCCUCUGGUUGUAAAUAUGAAGAUUGUACCAGCAAGAAUGUCUUUCUGUAAAAAAGUGAUUUAAAUCAAUUUGAUUUAAAUCAAAUCCACCCUGUUUGUUCACCAGUGUUGGCUUCAAUAAACUAUAGAAGUACGAUGGAAAUAUGGGUGCCAUUCAGAGUUGUUGCUGAACCAAAUCUGCAGUAUCUCCCUGUGUUUAUAUGUGCAUCUCCUCUUCUCACUUUGUUGUGUUUGCAACAAAUGAUUUGUGAAUUGGCUUUUUACUCUGCCGUAACAUGUGAUUUACCUAUACCUUGUAACUGUUUUCUGUGAGUGUACGAAGCUAUAUUUGUUGAAAGGGAGACACAAACUUGAGGGCGUCUUGUGAGCUUUUCCUGGGAGAGUUCUGGCUUCCAGAAAUUUGCAUUCAGCUUCUCUGAAUUUCAGCAUAAUUCUGACCCGCUUUUAGAGGCGUUUCCAGCUAUGAUACCAGUUGGAAAUUCAACACGUCUGAUCAACUGGACUAAAUAAACUGCGGCCCUUUCUGCCUUAUUGUCCCACUGAUUCUUCUAAGUGCCUUGUCCUUUAGGUGGCACAGAUUGUUAAACAUGAAAUGGAACACGCUGUAAAACUCUCAGUGAAGCUGUCGGUAAAAGUCAAAGUUGGGCCCAGCUGGGGAGACCUGCAAGAGCUGGAGUUGUGAACAGGUAAUAUAGAAGUUUGGACUGCGCUGCCUGACGCUGCAGCGAAAUGCAAGACGUCUCUGAUGAGUCUGGACAACGGGAUCCAUUUCUUUCAACGACAAUUUUGAAUUCUCCUAAGAAUCUUUAAAUCACACUUCCCCAACCUGGUGCUCUCCGUAGUCCAAUACAGCUAGAGGGCGACAGGUUGGGGAAGGCAGCUCUAAAUGACAUGUCGCAUAACUAGAAAUCACAAUGAAAUGCUGAAAGCAAAGUAUUUAAAUGAAUUCCUAGUAAUAUAUUUAUUUAUUUGAAGACCUACAAUUUUUCUCUUUCUUAACUGACUUGAGAGAAGCAUUCUGAGCUUUGACAUUAGCUUUUAUAGCUGGGAUCCUCUGGAAAAUUUGAUUCCCCGGCUGCUUGUGUCAGUUCAUUUCCCCCGCCCUCACCCCCCAAACAUUUCACAAUGUGCGCAACUGAAUAUAUAAUAUUUAGGGUAGCUAUAGCUCAGAUUUCUGUGAUACUUGCAUCUUUUAAAAAAAGGAUGACAUUAUCCUGGGAAUUCAUACAUGCAUAUGACUCACUGCAUUUUACACCAUAUGCACAGAAGACAGUGGAAUACAUUAGCAGCCUUUCCAAAGUGUGCACAAUUCAAAAGCAGUAAAAUUGUGAAAUAGCCCAUUGCCAGAUCAAAGAGGGGGUCGUUUGAUGUUAUUGUAAUGAAUAUUCACCAGGUCUGUCCAUUCACUUCCUUGGUUUGCUUUGAGAAAACGAACUUUCUCUGAUUAUCCUGUCUCUAAAGCAGGUAGCCGUAUCCUGCGAUUCUGGCUCCUGUCAUGGGUUUUCUGCUAGCAUUUUAACCAAUGAAUUGUUUGCCUUGUAAACUAUGAUAUUAUUUCAUUGCUGUGUAAAUAAUAAACAGAUUUUUUAUAGCACUUUCCUUCGCUGGAGCGUUUACUUGAGAAAAAGAAUAGCACUGUGCUUUGACAGGUAGGCCACCUGAUAUAUCAUUAAAUGCCUGCGGAUUGUUUUUUUUUUUAAAAGUUACACUGAUUUUUGUAUUUGCGGUACUUAUAAUUUUAUUUUAUUUUUUUAUAAAUAAUUUUUAUGCGGUACUUAUAAUUUUAUGUGUGCAUGUGAGUUUUAGAUGUGUUUUAUCAAUACUUUCUUAUGUGUACUGCUCACGGGGUCCUCGCUGUGGGAUGACAUUCACCCAGUGCUACACCAGCUGCACUUGCUACCGGUGGAGUAUAGGAUCAGGUUUAAGGUGCUGGCUUUAACCUUUAAAGCCCUAUGCGGCCUAGGAGCCACGUACCUAUAGGACUGCCUCUCCUGGUCUGUCCCACAGAGGAACUUAAGGUCUGCAAAUAAUAACAUCCUGAAGAUCUCGGGCCCCAGGGAGAUUAGACUGGCCUCAACCAGAGCUAGGGCCUUUUCGGCCGUGGCCCCCGAUCUGGUGGAACGCUCUGUCACAAGAGACCAGGGCCCUGCGGGAUUUGACAUCUUUCUGCAGGGCCUGCAAGACAGAGCUGUUCCACCUGGCCUUUGGUUGGGGUUCGGUCUGAUUCUUUUCUUUCUG